AUGGCCGGAAAUACAAAGGGCGUUGAACGUCUGAUGUUAGAUUUGAAGAAUGGCAAAUAUUUGGUCGCAUUAGAUCAUAAGCGCGAUCUCCCGUAUGCGCACAUAUUGCUUUGGCUCCACAAUAAAGACAACCCGAAGACAUCAAAAGACAUAGAUAAAAUCAUAUGUGCCGAAAUACCAGACAAGAUGGUUAUCCGGGUGUUCAGAAUAAGAGAAAAUGGGAGGGCCGUGGUUAAGAAGAAAAUAUAUCUCGACAAUGGUUUCGUCGUGCCUUAUAACCGUGCUCUACUGAAAAAGUACAGAGCACACAUUAAUGUCGAGUUGUGCAACAAAUAUCUUUCGGCAUGCGAGGCUGCUUGGAGUUUAUUUAGCUUUGACAUUCACUUUAGAGACCCACCGGCGAUUAGGUUAACCUUUUAUCUUCUAGACAGUCAAGCAGUUGUGUUUACAGAUAAUAACUCAUUAGUUGAUGUGCUGAACAGACUAACUGCGAACCAAACGAUGUUCCUUGCUUGGUUCCACGCGAAUAAGUUGUACCAUGAAGCUAGAAAUUUGAGAGAUUGCACGUGUUACGAUGAUCUUAGGAAAGUCGAGGAUCACGUCUACCCAACUUUCAAAGAUGCAUGCUUUGCGUUGGGACUGCUAGACGACGACAAGGAGUACAUAGCUGGCAUAAAGGAGGCAAACGAGUGGGCCAGUUGUGACUAUGUGAGACGAAUAUUCGUCAUACUUUUGGGCGCAAAUAAUAUGAGCAGACCGGAAUAUGUGUGGGAGUGUUGCUGUAAGGAAUUCGCCGAGGAUAUUGCGUACAGACUGCAACAACGUCGUACCAAUUCAUGUCUAUAUGUGUCCGACGAUACGUUGAGAAACUACGCUCUGAUCGAAAUAGAAAACAUAUUGCAAAGCAACAACAGAUUGAGUAACUUUCCCCCACUGCCGAUUCCAAUUGGGUCGAUGACGGACGCUACGGUAAAUAGAUUGGUUCUCGACGAUUUGGACUAUGACGAUGAUGCGAUACGUGAAGAGCUUAAGAAAUACCUCUCAUCUAUUACUGAUGAUCAUAAAAAAGUGUUCGAUGAUAUAAUGGAUGCUGUUACAAAUGACAGAGGUGGACUGUUCUUUCUUUAUGGACAUGGAGGAACGGGAAAGACUUUCAUAUGGAAAACUUUAUCGGCUGCUAUCUGUUCAAAAGGCGAUAUAGUUAUAAAUGUUGCUUCCAGUGAUAUGCCAUUCGGAGGCAAGGUUGUAGUUCUUGGAGGAGACUUUCGACAAAUUAUGUCAAUUGUGUUGAAAGCAUCGAGACAAUACAUUGGUCAUGCUACAGUCAAUUCAUCACCGUUGUGGAUACAAUGUAAGAUUAUGAAGUUGAACAAGAAAAUGAGACUUGAGUCGUCAUCCACUUCCGCCAAUGCAGAUGAAAUAAGAGAAUUUGCGGACUGGAUAUUGAUAAUCGACAAUGGCGAUGCUGGCGAGGUAAACGAUGGUGAUGUCACAAUUGAUGACAUGCUGAUUCGUACUUCUGCUAUCCUUUUUGGAUCUUAUCGAGUUUUUCUAUCCCGAUCAGUUGACCAACCCUUUCACUCCCGAGUAUUUCGAAGGCAGAACAAUUCUUGCACCCACUAA